AUGUUUGACAAGCUUGUAGCGGGGCUCGUUACGAGUUACCUUGGGAAGUACUUUGAGAACGUCAAUAAGGACCAGGUGAAAGUGUCCCUAUGGAGCGGGCACGUGCGGCUUCGGAACCUGCGCUUCCGCAAAGACGCCCUGCGCGCCUGGGACACUUCUCUCUGUGUCAAGGAAGGCUUCAUUGAUGAGUUAACGGUCGCCAUUCCGUGGACACGGCUGCAGUCAGAGUUUGUCGUUGUUGUGGUAAAAAAGGUGCGGGUUGUGCUGCAGCAGAAGAAGGAUGCAGGCUAUGAUCUGGAGCGUGAAAGAGAAGAGGCGUAUGAGCGUAGAUUAUAUCAACUCAAGGUAUUUGAUGCGCUUCUACGUCAAGAGGAAGGGAAUGAUGAGGAGACACAUGUCACUCUUUUCGGCAGCAACCCUGUUCCCUCGGAGGGAACAGAAAGAGAGGUGAACGUAGAUGCGCAGAAGGACGCCACGUUUUCCGCCCGUCUGAAGGCAAGCAUCCUCAACAAUGUCCAGCUGAAGCUGGAGGAUAUCGUUGUGCAAUACGAAGGGUGCUGCACUUCCAGAGGAGGAGGAGGAGGAGGAAGAGGCGUCGCGAUCGGAGGCGAGCCGAGUGUUGGCCACGAUUAUCACGCUCUUGCCAUUGUGCUGGAGCGCUUCCAGACCUACGCGUGUGGCUCCAACUUUGAACCGCAUUUCACCGCAGCGAAGGAGCGAGUGCUGUACAAGAAGGUGGAGCUGGAGGGCAUGCGCGUUCUCCUAAAUGACGUUGCUGUGUCGAUGCAUGCAGCUCACACUAACUACGAUAACGAUAAUGACAAAAAAGAUGACCCCCAAGAAGGGGAGGCGGUGAUUGAAGAAAUAAGCAAAUUGUCAAGGCCGAUGGCGUCAGCAUCGCUCCGAAAGCCGCGCUCUGUGUGGCGUCACCGCAUCAUCCCCCCUUUUGGGGCUGUGGCUCAUGUGCAGUACCAACCCGUGCCGUACCGUGCCGACAUUCCGACGGCUCGCAUCGACGUGCACGUUGACGGCCUGCGCGCUGCGGUUGGUGGGGAGCAGCUGCGAAUGCUUCGCGCCCUUUGGAGAGAGGUGCGUGACGGAGAGGAGUACGACGCGCUGCGCCGAUUCCGUCCCAUUGGUGAACAACAACAGCGGCCCACCGACAACCCAGCUGCGUGGUGGCACUACGCCAUUCAAGCUACGCUGUAUUGUGUCCGUCGCCGCCGCGAACGAGGAGUGUUUGUGUGGGAAGCCUACAAAAGGAUCAAGGCAGCACGAGAGGAGUACAUGGAGUUGUUUAGACGUGCGCGACGGGAGCAGAUUGGGGUGAACUGGCUUGCUCCACUCACAGAGGAAGAGGCACGCCGGUACCGCGAGCUGGAGAUGGACCUUCCGAUAGAAUCUGUCAAACUGGCACGGCGCCUCGCCUACCACAGGGCACGCUUAGAGCAAGAGAACCGCUACGCCAUAUUAAAGAGACGACGGCAACAACAACAACAGCAGCAGCAGCAGGGGGAAGAACACUUAGAGGGGGAACCGGAUGUUGUUGCCGUGGGUGAGCCAGUCUCGUCUGUGGUAGAAGGUUCAAGCUGGUGGAGCUGGAUGAAUUUUUCGAGGAUUCAACAGGCGUCUGGUAAUGUUUCUGGCACCGUUGAAGAGGACAGCCCGCAGAUCCGUGCUGAAAUUGAAGAAAUGAUGCAACUCGUGUACGCGGAGCGUUGGACAGCGGCACAGCGUCUCGCCAUUGCCAAAGAGUUCGGUAUACCAGAGAACGAGGUUGAGGACCUCGCCGACGCGGGCAAUGCAUCAAAGCAACCGCUACUCGGUGGCUUGCAGUGGCAGCUGAACCUUCACGUGCAUUCACUCGGGCUGGUGCUCUGCGACAACACUGCAGCAUCUGUCCCCUUCGCGACGUUAGCGAUGGAAGGGCUAUCUGCCAGCCUAGCAUGCGCUGUGAGCCGUUGCUUUGAAUUCACACUUGAUGUGGAGGAGUAUAUAGCUCUGUCCCAUUUGGAAGAGCAGUCGUACGUGGUGAGCGUCCUUCGCGUGGCGAAGGAGCGGUACGCCCUCGAAGGUGAUGGAAAGGCAGCGAUGUCGCUGUCGCUGAAGCGGGUUGGUCCCUGCAGCUGGACGGAGUACGGCAACAUAGUCACAACAGCGCCAUACGAGCUACGCCUGCAGUGGAACCCGACGGACUUUAGCCUCGAUGUGCCGUUUCUGCGAGCCUCUCUUGAUUUUUUCUGGGCCUCCUCCACCGCUUUGUCAUCGGCGUCGCUGGGCACGGGUGCGUCCAGGACGUUGGAGCAGCGACGGCACCAUACCACCGACGCGAAGACACAGCGCACGGUCUUGAUGAUGACAGUUGAGCGGGAAUUUCUGUGCGAUUGGAAGUUGCAGGUGUGCGGCCUGCGUGUUGUUGCUGCAGAAAACGAGCGGCAUGCCAGCCGUGUCACUCUGCGCCGUCUGGAGGUGCGGAACGAUCCUGCGAGAAAGCUUGAGAAGCGGUGCCGCAUCCAGAAGGCCAGCAGCGUGCCGCCCACGACUGAUGUCUUCGGAGACGAUCCAGACGAUUGGGUGAAUUAUGUACACGCCUGCGUGGAGGGUGCGACGGUGGAGUGUCUCUUUAAUGCGCCACACUCGGAGACGUUCUGUGGUGGCGACGCCACCUCCGAGCGGCAGUGUGACAGCAUUGCCUGCCUCCCACGUCUUGAGAUGUGCUUCAAGAAGAGCGUGAUGCUGCACCGCAGUCCGUCUGUGCCGCUCCUUUCGCUGUCUCUCACGAUGGAGCAGCCGCUGCAGUGCCGCUGUUCACGUCAAAGCCUCUCCGUCCUUUGCACCUCAUUCUCACUCAUUACCGACUUUUGCCACAUCGUGACACAGCGGGUGGCGGUGGCAGCAGCAGCAGCAGCAACAACGACAACAACAACAGCAGAGAUGCGUGAUGUGUCACUUUCUACCUCUGGCGUAUCCUUCCUUGCCAAGGUCUGCGCAGUGGAUGAGAUGUACCUUGUCGAGCAUGAGCCCUCGGCACGGUCGGCGCAGGAACGAUUCUACCGCGCUCAGGCGGAGGCGCCUGACGCCGCGGACGCGUGCCGCCGAGUAGAGGUGGGGGUUGGCCGGAUGAUAAUCUAUCACGCCACACGGCCUUCUUUUCCGAGUCACUUCAUCGAGCUGCAGCGCCGCCAUCUGCACGUUGUCCGCGACGCCGCAGAGGUGAGCGUGUUUGUGGAGUUCGGUGGUGUCUCGCACGACUGCCGCAACGGUGUACUGGCGGCGAAGCGUCUGCUCUUCGACAAAUGCGGGUUCCCGCCCCUCGAGAGCAUGGCGUUGCUCGAGGCCCACGUGGAGGAAUGGUGCCGACAGCACAGGGGUCGUGCAUCGGAAGAGAAUGCAGUGGUGGAGGAAAGGGAAGAAGAAAAAGUGAGGAGGGCGUAUCAAAUUGUGUGCUGUGCCUCCCGCACGCGUCCGUGCCGUCGCGUUAAUCUAAAAUGCAGCGAUGAAGAAGAGGCAUGGCGCCUUGCCGACGCGCUCGAGUUGCAUGCAGUUGACCGGCACGUUUUCGCCGUUCCGCCUGAUCCAACGCCUGCUGAAGAGGAUGACUCGAAGGAAGUGGAAAAGGGGCCGUGCAUGCUUGCCAUUGAUGUAGUCACACCGCAGCUGACGCUGCUCCUCCAUGAUGAAACGCUUAGCCCUGUUAGGUACAUCACGUUGUCACCACCCCACGAAAUCGUGCUCACUGCGCCGAAAUUCUCGUAUGUGCAGCGGAAUGAGGAAAGGGAAUUUAACAUCAGUGCGUCAGGUCUCUCCGUGCUGGCGCGGGCGCGCAGCGUGAUGCAGGUGGUAGCUGGGGAGACAGCGGAUUUCGCCAGCGAAGACCCAUCGAUGCAUGUGUCCUUCCGGAUGAAGCAUCGGCCGUACCCCCACGCGGCGCGCAAGUACACGGAUAUUACAGUCUCAAAGAGCGUUCAGCUGGCCUUCUCAAGUGAGCUGAUGUGCGUUGUUGAAAUGCUGUGGGAUCUCACGGGGAUCCUGACCAACCAGAUAUUUGGUCAUGUGGUGUACCCCUCCAUUCCGUGGCGUAACGAGAUGGAGGCACCAGCAGCGGCAGAAAUUGAGGAUGUUUGGCGGCUUGAUCGAGCAGGUGGACUUCUGCAACAGAACCUCGUGUCUAUCGCUGUGGAGCACCUCAUUUUCUCAUUCUACUACCCGUCCGAUGGGUACGAAAUGGCGGCAGCAUCAACUUUAUCGGCUGCUGAUGUUGACGGCGGUGAAGUGAAGUGUGGCGCCACGCCCGCGGCAGUGAUGGAAGGUUGCAAGGUAGAUGUCAACUGGAGUAACACGAAUGCCUGUAACAAAAUAAGCUGCGUCUUGCAGCGUCCGCGCAUGACAAUGCUUCAUGUUCCUUCAGGAGAACACAUCCAGGUGGUACAACCGAUGUUGAACAGCACCGAUUCUGAUUCGAAAAGCAGCAUCCCUUUCUGCCCUUACGUUUCCGUGUCCUUCACAAUUCACCGCGAGCCACCGAUACUCUCGGCAUCUGACUUCAUUGCCAAUGGAGGGCGUGCUGGUUAUCGUUACACGCACCACCUCGAGCUCUCGGGAACACACCUCAACAUGGUCUACUGGCAUCCGCAGUUGUGGGAUCUCACCGAGAUUCUAUCCCGCGGUGUCAUCUCCCGUGCGGCAACGCUGGUGUGGAGACAGCCGUACAUUGCCGGUGCUGUGGCGCUGCGCUGGCCGCAAGUAGGUGCCCCGAUUGCGCCGUUUUCGUGGGCUUUACUGCACAAGCACAUCCAACUAUCGAACGUCGAGCUCACGCUUCCUCACGAGAACGUCCACGUGCCAGCCGAGCUCUGGGGAGCCGUUGAACUUCUUUGUUUCCAGGACAGGCUUGCUGUGAACAGCGACCAGCACACAAGUGGCCAGCAGCACUGCGUGCGCCAUGUCUCGACGCUGACGCUAGAGGGCCUUGAAAUUCACGGCCUCCGAAGAAAACGUUAUAGUGCCAAUCAUUCUCCAAACACGGUAACCAUAAUGAACCGUAUGAAUUUCCAGCUUGAAUUCUCGUAUGAGAUGUUUCGUGCAGGUGGCUGGAAGGUCCCGCGACUCCGUCGUUUCCGUGUCGUUCUUCCCGAUGAUGCCGUCUUCUGCGGCACCACACACCAAAUCGCUCUUCUCAUUGAGUGGCUUUAUGCCAACUAUAUGAGGUUUCCGUGGACCGGGAAGUUUCUGCCUAAGAGAGUAUCUGUCGAUCCGUUCAUCACUGCAUGUGGUGGUGGUGGCGCAGAAUCCAACUCUUGGACGAUAGACGUGGGCUACGUCUGUCUACGCCUGCGGGACCCGCCGCAGGCUGUCCGCUGUGUUGAGGAUGCAGCCUCGUUCACAACCUUUGAGCGCACCGCUAUUGACAUUGCGGUUGUGGUGAAUCGCCUCAGCGUUGAGCUACAGUGGGAGCCGAGUGGCGCCUUCUCGUCUCACACCGAUGUUGGGGAAGCGUCCGUGUGGCAGAUUAGCCAACUGGCGCACAGUCGUGGUGCGUUUCUACGCCACCCUGGCGAGGUGGUCGACGAGUCCUUUCGCUUCCUUUGGUUUCACCAUGUGGGGACUCCCGCUGCUUCUGCUAAGACAACAACAACAGCAGUAGCAAUGGCGGAAGCAAUGGAAGCACAGCAAACGGCAGGUAGAAAUGGGAGAAGUGAUAAUGUUGCAAGGGGUCUACUGGCGUUACAGAUUGCGUACGGUGUAACGGUUGAAAGAGGAGAGAAGGCUGUGGUCAGUCGCAUAACACUUAACAGCGUCGACGUCACGCUUGUACCGUCUUUUUUGUACAACAUUCGCGAUUCCAUUUUUGGACUGCGCGUCCGAAAUGCAUUUGGGAGAAUGCUUCGUUGGGAACCUCGUGUGGCAGGUGUAUUGCCUGAUCCGCCGAACCCACGACUUCAGGACACUUCUACAGACCACGGCUACUCGCUUCACCUGCUGAAUCUCACGGUGCCACAUCUUCCUCGCCGUCAUCAGUGCGUGGUGCCUUUGUUUUUCGCCUCCAUUCUGAACAUAGAGGUCCGAGCCUCCUCGGCGAAGUACGGUGAGAAGAGCGUGUGGUCCAUGUCUAUUGACAGCAUCGUUAAUAAUGGUAUUGUAGUGAGCGGAAGCACAUCCGAGAACGGCUUAAAGCUUCGCCCUGUCUUGGUGCCGCAGUUUCGGGGCCAGCGCGGCGGAGAUGCAGAGAAGGCGACUAAACUCUUUUAUGCAAGAAAAAGGGAGGCGGGUGGUAUCGAGGGCGUCCUCGCCUCCGUUUGGAUUGUGGUUCCGCUCAAAAAGGAGAUAUUUGCUUUGUAUAGGGUCUUUUCGAAGGGCGAGUACAAGCAGCUGCAGUGGCUGGUGACAUAUUUGGAAGAGCGGCGGGCGUGGCGGAUUGGCACGCUGCGCAGCAGCACACAUGGCCAACGGCUUCCAGUCCGCUUUGCCAUCAAGACAUCAUGCGUGGUGGUGGCGGACCAUGAGUCAGUCGUCGCUGGCAGCCCUAAUCUUGGCCGCGGCGUAGUUUACAACCUUGGAGACACCACAAUCAGUAAGGACGUUGAUGGCGACGGUGAAUUUCAUAUCGCGCUCAGUGCUGCAAACGUCAAAUCGUUGCAGGAUGACACACAAUACGUCUUGAAGCCAAUGGGAGUUGACAUUUCUGGACGGCUCCAGGGGGAUGGGAUGUGGGAGGUGCAAAUACGCGUUGAUGCGAUCGCCAUUCAUGUAGAGCAGUCCCUGUAUGAGCUUCUGCUGUACAGUGCUGUGAGACAUUUUGUCGCGACGGAAGCCGAGUUACUGGAGGCCACUGCCGCUGAUGAGGAGGAGACCACCAUCCUCCCCCACCUGCCAAUGGGUGACACCCUUGUGUCAGCUGCUUCUGUAGUAGCAGGGAGUGCAUUUUCAUCAUCGCGAAAAAAAGUGAGCCUUCGAGUACAAAUUGAGUGGGAUUCCUUCACGCUUCAUGUGUUGCGAGACACCGUCGGAUUUUUUGUUGAAUCGGGAGAAAUGACUGCAUUGUACGAUUCACCUGCGCCGGACAAAACGCUGCGAGACAACAAAAACAACAGCAACAGCCCAAAGAGGAUACAUGUGAGUCUGACCUCCGUCACACUGGGUAUGGACGACGGGGUGCACUUCCUGAACUUGCAGCCACUUCUGUCAUCUUCGACUGACGAGGCUUCGGCUACUGUUGGCAAGGAUCAACGUCUCUCGUUCCGCCUCGAUGCACGCAACAAGGAGGAGGAUAUACAUGUGAACUUUGGCAAAGCUGUAGUGUUUCUAGAGACGAACACAAUGCUAUCUCUGCUCUCGACGCUAUACGAGCCUUACCGUAGGAUCGUGCUUCCGGAGUACCGUGUACUCGAAGUGAAGUAUAUUGAUAGUAACGUCAUUCUACGGGAGCGGCUUGUGUUGUCGAAACGCAAAAAGGUGCGGGUUGUGCGGGGGCGUUACAAUCACAUUACUAUUGAUGGCAACGGCCAUGACAUUCACUUUAUCGACGCAGGCUCACCGCUCUUGUCACUCGGUGAAGGGCUGACGCUCCGCAUCAUUAAUGCACGCAUCCAUCUGUACGGCAAGGCUAUUGAGUACUAUAUGGCGGCAGCCAAUGGCUCGUACGUCGUUGCAGAUGCGACGCAUAACACUAUUGUUCCCUGUGUUCGUGACCCGAUGGGCAAUGCUCGUAGCACCAGCAGCGAGCUGGAUCCAAGUGCGUCUGACUCUGACAGCGGCGGUGAGUUAUCGCGUAUACGUUCGGCUCACUGCAGUGUUUCUGGCGGCGGUCCGCUUGAUACUGGGAAUGAGGGCCCCCAGAAUAAUGGUAGUAAUCGAGCUGCUGCUCCUCUUGCACCUUCUGGGAGUGAUAGAGGUUGUGAUGUUGAGGAUGUGACUCGGCGAGUCUUGGGGAACGCCGUACUACUGCUGACGGUGCCGGAGGUGACAAGUGAGUCCUUGAGAACCGCGCGUCUUGCGCCGCAGCCGUCGCGUUCGCUGGUGCUGCUGGCGACGAUGUCCGCCCGCGUAGAGACCGUGCGGCGUGGCAGUUGCGUUGAAGAAACCGGUACAUUCGACCUCAGCGAGUUCGCCAUGCGUUCCCAGUACCUCGACGCAGGCGGCUGUGUAACGGACGUCAGCCCACUUGUGUCAGAGUGGGAGGUAACGUUGCAUACACACGCGAAGGGGCAGGCGAAGGGCCCGCUGCGGCGAAGCGUCGACGUGAGGUGCUCACACGGGAUCGACAUCCGCAUCCGCUACGGCGACGUCUCCUUCUGCUGGCGGGCAGUGCUGCAGGCGCGGCAGGCGCUGGGGCAUAUUGAGACCAACGUGCUGGACGAUGCGGUGGGCAGCACAGAGUUCUCGUCGCUGGUGGCGCAGCAGUUCCCUGACGAGCCGCUGGAGAACGGCACAACGGUCUUGUCGUUCAGCCUGCGGUACAUCAGCGUGGACGUCGUUGAUGACAGUACGAAUGUCGAUAUCCCUCUCUUCCGUGGCCGCAUCGAAAACCUCAUCACACCGACGGCGGUGAAGGAUGGGUCAAUGCUCAAGCUGCACGUUUCAUGCACGUGCAGUAUCAUUUUCUACAACUUUACCUCCUCCUCGUGGUGUCCGUUGUUGGAACCCGUCUUUCUUGAUAUCGUCUUGCGUCGGGAGCCAAAUGUUUCGCUGGAGGAUGUUAAACAGCGAAAGGGAUCAUUGCGAGCGGGACUUCAUCUACGUGCGAUGCGCGUGCACUUCUCGACGAUGAUGGCGGAGAAUCUGCGCCGAAUUUGGCUGCUGAAGGAGCGACUUGAGAUUUCGCUAUUCACAAGGAAGGGGAGAGGGAGCAACACUGGCAAUAGCAACAGUAGCAGCCAAAACGACAAAUCCACGGCAUUAUCGGCGUCAAAGCUAGAGUUUUACACGUACAAGGUAACACAGCACGUGGGAGGGAAAUUGGAGAUACAAUUUGCGCACGAUGACCAAAACCGUUUUCCCCCACCCUGUGUUCUAAAUACUCGAGAAUCACUUCAGUUCAACUUUCCCCGCAUUGAGGGGCACGAGCUGCCCGCCUCACAGCACUGUUUGCUGGUGAAGUAUCGACACAAAACGGAAAUCGUGAAUGUCGCGAGGACGGGGCGGAGCCUCGUCUGCCUCGGGCCCGACACGAUGGGCAGCCAAAUGGUGGUGGACGUCACUGUGGCAGAGGGACAGAAACUCGUCGACUUCCGCACAAACGUGGCAUUCCGGAACGAGCUUCCCUUCGCGAUCAAUAUCGGUGGCGUGGGGAUAAUAGAGGCCAAUGAGGUGCUCCACGUGCCGGUGGAAUGUCUGCGGCGGCGCACUUUAUUCACGCCGCUCACGGGACGCAGGUGCAGCUCCGCCUGCUCAUUGGGACUGAGCUAUGAUAUGCUGCCUCAUCUGUACGAACAGGACUUUCUGUGCUUCUGCACCCUUGACAAUACGGAACAGGUGGAGUCGGCGAAGUUUACACGUGCCUCCAACACCUCCUUGCAACAGGCCGUCUUUUUCCUCCUUCGCUUCGGCACGAAGAGCUACGUUGGAGAAUCGACACUGUUAGAUUCCAGAGGGACCUUCGAGGCGGCGUUUUUCAUCGUCAACGGUAUGGGUGUGCCGAUGCAGAUUGGUCUCAUGUACUGCGCAAAAUCAAAAAGGCGCCGUCCAUUUCUAGACUUCUCUGACAGCAACUAUUACGAGCACAUUGUAACGCUCGAUAUCGCAGCGGAGCAACGCUGCGCGAUCACGCAGGUGAGCCCGCUGAAAGAUAUCUACGUUGACGUAUUCAUUGCACAGGCAAACGGGGAACCGAUGGGGCGAGCGUGGAGCGGCAAGGGAAAGCGGCAGCCGCCUGCCCUUGUGCACACAGCCAAUAAGCGUAACCGUGACCGCAGCAUUACACUGCAUGACUCGCGCGGUGCUACUAUUAUCCUGCACAUUGAGUACACGCCUCGGGUGGUGACUAUCUGGUGCCCCUAUUGGAUUGUGAACCACACUCCACAUUAUCUCCAGGUGUCCGACGUGCGGAAAGGAGCGCAGGUUGCAGGUCUGCGCAAUGAAGAGGGAAUCACACCCGGUGGUGAUGCCGCGUACCUCGUCAACUCUGAUCGCAUUGAGAAGCUGGGCGACAAGUCACACUUAUAUCUGCGCAUUGGGCGACACUCUUCGACCGGCCUCCUGAAGUGGACCUCGUGGUCCAGUCAAGUUCCCAUUGGGGCCCUGCAGGAGUGCGGUGUCGUGAACUGCAACUGCACCAAGAAGGUGAGUGUGUCGUUGUCGUACUCUGUAAGGUUUCUUGGUGGACGUACAAAGGCGACACGAGUCAUCACCUUGAGCCCUCGAUGGAUUCUGGAAAACCAUACUGACUUGCCACUCGCUUUUCGUCAGUGCCGAAUCACACUGGAGGAUGAGAGCAACUCACUACUACAGUCCGUCGUGUUAGCACCCGACAACAGUCACAUUGUCGACUUCAGCAGUGAAGGUGAGGCGGCGAACGCCAUUCAAGUUAAGUUACCAGACAAUAAGGAAGCGGGUAUUCAGUCCUGUCAGUGGUCGCAGCCCCUUGGCAUCGACACACUGGGUGACGAAGCAUUUAACUUGCGUUACGAAACAAAUCUUAAAACACGCCCACACAGUGGCGUUGCGUCCAGCACAAAUCUCGUAAGAAAUAUUUGUGAUGCAGAUUGUGAACAACUGUGUGUCACACGCGCUGGUUCUGAUGUCUUGAUGGUCUCGUGCUAUCGCCGUGGUAGCAUCAUGCACGUCGUUGUCUCUAGGCCCCAACGACCACCAUAUGUUGUUGAGAAUCGUACCAUGUACACGGUGUACGUGCGGCAGCGGGAUAGGCCACAACACAUGGUUCUGUAUCCACGUACCACCCGCGGCUUUGCGUGGGAAGAUGCCAAUUCACGGCCGGUGAUGGAGUUGUGGGCAGCGGAAGUCCCGGAUACGCGAGUGAAGCCUGUCCUUAUCAACUUUGAGCCACAGGCUGUGGUGAAGCGAGGUGAGCAGUUGCAUCAGGAACUUCAUCUUCCAGGCGGUGUUGUUCUGUUUGUACGGGUACGUGGAUUGGGCCGUAUGAGCUACGCCAUUAGUGUGACUACGGAGGAUGCCAUUGACGCCUUCUGUUCCCUCCCUUACUUUCAGUACUUCUUUCAGCUGGAGGUGGACAGCGUACACGCACUUCUAUCCGACGAAAAUGAGGAUUUUAUUCUCCUCACAGUGAAGCCGGUGCAGCUCUCCCUUUCGCAGGGCAAAGAGGCUGAUGGUGGCAGCGGGGAUGACCAAGUCUUUGAGUUCUCCCUUCGUGUCAUUCAGAUCGAUGAUGAACGUUCUUGUGCGAAGCAAUGUGUUGUAGCGCAGUUGGUAGAUGCCAAACCCUCCACGAUUCGCUUUGCACGAAAACUUCUCCGCUCAGCACCCAUCUUGUACAUUAAAGAACUUCUUAUCAACACAAACUCCAUUGAGAUGCACCUGGAGGACUCGUUUAUAUUUCAUGCGAUGAACUACUGGGAGAGGUUACGUGUCGCACUCGGCUGUGGAAGUACGACCACAAUUACACGUACACAACUCGGUGACUCUUCGUGGACAUCAGAGCUCGUGCUAUUCAAGAAAGGGAAGUACGUGAAGGAUGAGUGGAAGCAGUACGUAGUAUUUAUGGAUCAUCUCCUCAUUGAGCAGGUUACCAUCUCCAUCUCGCUCUACCGCUCACCAGGGGCGCAGAACGAUCCCAUGUGGGAGCGUCUGGGUUACUUGAGUCUCUUCAUCCGUUCCGUACAGGACGCACGUUUUGUGUGGCGGCGCAUUGAACAACGGGGUGUUUAUGAGACCCUGUGGCUGAUCGGUGUCUCGUACUCUUCAUACUACAAACAUCAGGCGUUUCAGCAGAUGCCGAACGUUGUACACGUCGUCGGCUUGGAUAUGAUGCGUGGUUUUGUGACGGAUCUGCUGCAAGGCUACUUCUCGUCCGCCGUUAUCACGAACAUUGGUCGGACCAAGGUACGUGUCAAACGUCGAGCGGAGGCGCACUUUAUGGAUGAUGAAAAGCCGCUGGAAAAUGAGGAAGAAGUCAUGGUUAUUCAAAGCCUUGGCGAGGAUCAAACGGAGUACCUAGACAGUGGGGUUGCACUCUUCCUUCCACACACUAAUGGUCCGACGAAUUUCAUGGAGACGGAGGAAGUGUGCACGCCGGCAAAUUCAACGGCGCCCAACCGUGGUUCUGCGUCGUGGGGAUCUGCUGACGACCACGUCUUGAUGUCCUCUUUGGUACGGCACAGGGCCAAUAUCAUUGAAUUAGCGCUGCGUUCACCAUGGAGCGCAUUCUGCGCGCGUGUCAAUGAUAGUGAGCUCCGUGAGUAUGGUGUGUUUGCCGUUCAGCGCCUUCUGCGAACGCUGGAGUUUGUCAACGCUGCCUUGUUGCAAUGGCAGCUGGAUGACCUCGACUCAGGUAGAGGAAAAGGGCGCCGAGGUGGUGAAGAUGGUAGUUCUGCACCGAAUGCUAGUGGGCAAUGUGGGCGCUGUGAGGAAAUUGAACUCAUGCGGGCGCGGCAUUUUGAGUCUGAUAGCUUUAGUGUGCUGCCACACCCCUCGUCUGGUCUCAUUACGUGGGCAGAAUUCGCCCACCACAUCUCGUGGAGCGAGUUUGUGCAGAUCUGCCUGUCAUCGGAGGUGCGGCAGUACGCAGGGAUGGUGCUGCGGUCGCUGGUGGGGAGGUCAAAGAAUGUGAUGCGCCUUGACGAUGGUGAGCAGUGGAUUCUGGACGUUGAGGAAAGGGUAUGA